CACAGGAGAGGUACACUCGCCUCAGACACCAGUGCCCGUCUCGGCAUCUGGCUCACAGGACCAGGCUGGCAGCAUCCUCCUCAACCCAUUUUACAGGAGAGGAAACUGAGGCAGCCGCAGCUCCAUCUUCUCUCAGGCCCUGGGUAGGGCCUGGCCACACCCUUCUCGCCCUACACUGGGACCUGGGGUCUGGAAGUCCAGCAGGAACGAUGGCUGAGGCCAGUGUCUCCCCAUGUCCCUCAGCAGAAGACAGCAUGGCAGCCAAACAGCCUCCCCCGCUCAUGAAGAAGCACAGCCAGACAGACCUUGUGAGCCGCCUGAAGACCAGGAAGAUCCUGGGCGUGGGCGGGGAGGAUGACGAUGGCGAAGUGCACCGCUCAAAGAUCAGCCAGGUCUUGGGCAACGAGAUCAAGUUUGCUGUGCGAGAGCCUCUGGGGCUCAGGGUCUGGCAGUUUCUUUCUGCUAUGUUGUUCUCCAGUGUGGCCAUCAUGGCCCUGGCCCUUCCUGACCAGCUCUACGAUGCAGUUUUUGAUGGGGCUGAGGUGACAAGCAAGACCCCCAUCCGCCUCUAUGGUGGUGCCCUUCUUAGCAUCUCCCUGAUCAUGUGGAACGCACUGUACACAGCCGAGAAGGUCAUCAUCCGCUGGACUCUGCUCACGGAGGCUUGCUACUUUGGCGUGCAGUCCUUAGUUGUCACUGCCACACUUGCUGAGACGGGCCUCAUGUCCCUGGGGACCCUGCUGCUCCUGGCCAGCCGCCUCCUCUUUGUCAUUGUCAGCAUCUACUACUAUUACCAAGUCGGCCGGAAACCCAAGAAAGUGUAGCGGGCUGGGACCUGCCUGGGCCUGGACCUGGGCCAGAGUGCCUGGGGACUUCACUGUGGGCCCCAGGCAGGCCUGCAGGCGGGCAGGGUGCACACACCUUCCUUCCCACCCAGGCACUCUCUGGAGUCAGCUUAGACCUCCUGGGCUUCUAGGAGUGACUAGUCAGGCUGGGGCCUCUGCACCCCACUCCUCACCCAUACAGGGACAACUCCUUGCCCUGGCUCUUUUUGGCCUCUAGACUCUAACAGACAGUCUAGAGUAGAGUCCUGGGGUCUGGGCUGAGGCAAGGCAAGUUCCUCUGCCAGGAAGCCCUUUUCGGUUGUGUCAGCCCCAGCAGCAGGUUUCAGCUCCUCCCCGUCUAGAAACACACACACACACACACACACACACACACACACACACGAGUUUCUAGAGCCCCUAAUAAGGCCAUCUAGCAAGAGGAUUGGCUGCCUCCCUUGGGCCAAAGGCCUCACUCCCAGCCUGCACACCUAACCCUCU